CACCUUGGGGCUGAAUGUGACAAGUGUGGAGAUGGCCAAGGUCAGCACCCAGCACUCCCAGCCCGCCCCGACCCACUGUUCAGUAAAGCGCACAGACAGAGAUCCCGAUCACGUUGAGCAUGGCUUCGGCAGGGUCUCACGACUCGUCAUCUCACUUCGUGCGUGGGCUGCCAGGCACUUACACCAGGAAGACCAGAGACCUGAUUCCUUCUUGGAUCGUUUCCAUGGAGCUGAGCUGAACGAGGUGUCCAGCCAUGAAAGCAAUGCCCGGCCCAACCCAGGUGGACAGGAACCACCAGACAGCGGGAAAGGAAGGAAGAAGGAUGCCAUUGUGGUGGACCCUUCCAGCAACAUCUACUACCGCUGGCUGACCAUCAUUGCCUUUCCAGUCUUCUACAACUGGUGUCUACUUGUGUGCAGGGCCUGUUUUGAUGAGCUUCAGUCAGAGCACCUGAUGCUGUGGCUGGUCCUGGACUACUCUGCAGAUGUCCUUUAUGUUGUGGACAUGCUGGUUCGAGCCCGGACAGGUUUCCUUGAGCAAGGCUUAAUGGUCAGGGAUACCAAGAGGCUGUGGAAACAUUACACAAGGACCUUGCACUUCAAGCUGGACAUCCUGUCUCUCAUCCCCACAGACCUGGCUUAUUUAAAGUUGGGCAUAAACUACCCGGAACUGAGGUUCAACCGUCUACUAAGGUUCUCUCGACUUUUUGAAUUCUUUGACCGCACAGAGACAAGGACCAACUACCCCAAUGUGUUCAGGAUAGGGAACUUGGUUCUGUAUAUCCUCAUCAUCAUCCACUGGAAUGCCUGCAUCUACUUUGCCAUUUCCAAGUCCAUUGGUUUUGGGACAGACUCUUGGGUCUAUCCAAACAUCUCCAAGCCAGAGUAUGGGCGUCUCUCCAGGAAGUACAUUUAUAGUCUCUACUGGUCUACCUUGACCCUGACCACCAUUGGUGAGACCCCACCCCCUGUGAAAGAUGAGGAGUAUCUCUUUGUGGUCAUAGACUUCCUGGUGGGUGUUCUGAUCUUUGCCACUAUAGUAGGCAAUGUGGGCUCCAUGAUUUCCAACAUGAAUGCUUCAAGAACAGAGUUCCAGGCUAAGAUUGACUCCAUCAAGCAGUACAUGCAGUUCCGGAAGGUAACUAAGGACUUGGAGACUCGGGUUAUCCGGUGGUUUGACUAUCUGUGGGCUAACAGGAAGACAGUGGAUGAAAAGGAAGUGCUCAAGAAUCUCCCAGACAAGCUGAAGGCUGAGAUCGCCAUCAACGUGCACCUGGACACCCUGAAGAAAGUCCGAAUCUUCCAGGACUGUGAGGCAGGGCUGUUGGUGGAGCUGGUGCUGAAGCUGCGUCCCACUGUGUUCAGCCCUGGCGAUUACAUAUGCAAAAAGGGGGACAUUGGACGGGAGAUGUACAUCAUCAAGGAGGGCAAGCUGGCUGUGGUGGCCGAUGAUGGGGUCACCCAGUUUGUGGUCCUCAGUGAUGGCAGCUACUUUGGGGAGAUCAGCAUCUUAAACAUCAAGGGGAGCAAGUCAGGGAACCGCAGGACGGCCAACAUCAGGAGCAUUGGCUACUCAGACCUGUUCUGCCUCUCCAAGGACGAUCUGAUGGAGGCCCUCACUGAAUACCCAGAUGCUAAGAAGGCCCUGGAGGAAAAGGGUCGGCAGAUUCUGAUGAAGGACAACUUAAUUGAUGAGGACCUGGUCAAGGCCAGGGCAGAUACCAGAGACAUUGAGGAGAAGGUGGAAUACCUGGAGUCAUCCUUGGACACCCUGCAGACAAGGUUGGCACGACUCCUGGCUGAGUACAGUGCCUCGCAGAUGAAGCUGAAACAGCGCCUCAGCCAGCUGGAGAGCCAGAUGAAUGUGAGGGGGCGUGGCUUCUCACCUGACGGGGAGACUUCCGGGGAUGCUUCAAAGACAGAGUGAGAGAUGCAGGUGGCUGUCAGCCUCCUGCCUCCCAGGGCCAGCUGUCAGUGAGACACUGUCUGCAGCUGCAUGGGACAGGGCUUGGCUGGGGAUUUACCUCAGUGCUAGUCAUCCUUUGCAAGUGGUGUGACUGCAAGAGAGAGCCUUGAUUUCCUCAUCUAGGAAAUGGGACUCAUGGGUGUCGGCUCCAGCUCCAGAUUAUCAUAAGGUCUACAUGACACAAGGCAAGAGGUGGGGCUUUGGAAAGAGUGAAGUGUUCCCAUUCAUGUGUAUGAUAGUAUGCGUACAGGAUAUGUGGGUAUGUGCAGUUGCCUGUGGAGGCCAGACAAGGGUGUUGGAUCCACUAGGCUGGAGUUAUAUACUGUU